CGUACGAAAAUUAAAUCGGGAAUGCAAACUGCACAAGGAAAAGCUUAAUCAACUCUCUUUAGUGGGGAGAUCUAAAAUACAACCUAAAGAGCCGCAUAUCAUCAUCUAACCAUAUCUAUAACAUCUUUCCAACUGAUCAUCUUGACUAUUACUCCACAUCUGACACUCAACUUAUCCAAUAUCUAUUACAACUAAUCAUUCACCGAGCCGGAAUCGCGGUCCGAAGAGAAGAGCGGUGAUCGGCAGCUUCAAGGGAAUGGCGAUGAAGUAAGACGUAUGCUUUGAACAUAUGUCUGCAAGAUUCAGGUACGAUCAAACAGCCGCUUGAAAGGCAUCUUCCCUUCAUCAAAACUUCCAAGAUGGCCCGUUAUGCUGUUGAGUCCGGCUAUGACGCCCGCAUCUCGGGAGGCGAAUUUGACGGUAUGAAUGCAAACGAUUGGGGAGCGCAAAUAUUCAUACCAACUUCAUUACCUCGCUUAAUCGGUAUCACAGUCGCAGUCGUGAUAGGGUUAUGGGAAUUCUGCUCCGUCUUCCCUGCAGAAGUUGUCCUAUGGCAAAGAGUAACCAAGCAAAGGCCGAGCAGGACAAGCUUUGCGCCUUGGACUACGUUGAUUUUACGAUAUCUGAUGUUAUGUUAUAGCGUCACAACAGCAUUCAUCGAGUGGUCUACGACUAUGCCUACUGAUGCUGCGUGCAAAGCAGCCUCAGGUUUCCUGUUUGCGUCUUGGUGUGCUCUUGUUGUCGUAUGCUCAUUUGCAAUUGCGUGGCGAGCACAAGCUGUCGCAAGAGGUGUGUUGCAAGACAAGGCCACAGUGAUAGCCAUGCAAAUGAUGAUUGGCGUUUUGGUGUUGAUGCAGGUUUUUAUGGCUGUCUUUACUGUUGUCUGGUCUGCAGCAGUGGACUUUCAAUAUACUCCCGUUGAGGUCAAUGGUCAAUGCACUAUUCGCUCUCAUCAUGGCGAUAUAUUUCAACGUAAGCACGAUUUCAGACCGAGGCCUUUCAGAGAUUAUGUUGCAGACGUACUAUUGUGGUAUUGGGUCGUAUUGAUUGUUUUCAAUCUGUGCUGUUUGCUCUUGGUCAUUUACGCUCUACGUACCUUAGCAGCUCGAUCUCGAGGAUUUUCAAAGUUCAUCAAUGGAAUGUUGAACCAUAGCGUGUUCUACUUUGCACUUGUUUUGCUAUUAUCGAUCGUAUGUAUCAUUUGGCGCAAGGAGGAGAGCGCAAGUUGGCUCAUUAGGCCGACCACUGUGAUCGAAGCUGCAGUCAUGAUUCGUAUCCUACUUGCUGAACAAAAUGCUGCAAGAAGACCAGUGGAUACAACGUACAUGGAUCAAAGACACUUUAGCAAUCGGGGCUAUACACAGAAUGCAGUUGAUGCGCAACCAGUCACUUAUCCACGCGGAGAUGCUACGAUUCAGUUUGUGAACCGGAAUCAAGGUAUGGAACGCAGGAGCAUUGACAGGAUGGAGAGUGGAGGAGGAGCAGGCACGGAUUAUGAUCCGAAUGCAAUGCAAGAUCAUCCUGCAAUGGUUACGCGACCAAUCUAUCAACCUUACAGUAUCAUGGACAAUUUAGGCCAAGCAUUCAGUCAAGUGGAUAGUAAUACUCAUGACUUGGAUGGCCAGAGCCUCAGUAGCAACCGUCAAAGCAUCAGUGGAGUUCAAAAUGCGUACCCGGGAGUUGUCAUGAUGGAGGAAGAGCAAAGACGGCUAAAAAUGGAAGCCAAAGUAGCACAAAGUAGUCUUGAUCCUGACUCGAUGCAAGAUUACGAAAAAGGAACAUCCACUGCACCUUCAGCAGACAUUUCUAACACGAAUGGAUCUAGCUCAUCCGAGAAGCAACAAGGAAAGAAUUCAAACACAACUUCGCAAACCGGAAUUCAGACGAAUCGUCCAACUUUACGUUUCCUACAACGCAAUCGAUCACACGAUGAUAUCGAUCAUGGCUAUGAAAAUGAUGAUGAUGAUGAUGAAUUAGGCAUUCAAACGGUCAACUUCUGA